CAUCUCUGGAGAAGACUUCUUAUAUGCUGUAUAUGAGACAUCCCUGGAGAAGACUUCUUAUAUAUGGUAUAUGAGACAUCCCUGGAGAAGACUUCUUAUAUACUGUUUAUGAGACAUCCUUGGAGAAGACUUAUCAUGUCCAGGAACCCUGCAAUACACUGCAUGUCAGACAUCACCGGAGACCUCUAAUAUAGUAUAUACUGCCUGCAAUAAUCUACAUAUAACCCAUCUCUGAAGUCCAUAUCGUGAUACCCUGCACUCCUCCGAUCGGCACUGCUGCUCAAACAUGGGGAGAAUCCUUAGAAUGUGGGUGCUGAGCUCAGCCCUGGUGGAAACGCUCUUAUUUUCGGGGUGUCUUCUUGGCUGGAGUUCCCUGAGCCCCAUCCUGAUGGAUGUGGGGGUGCUGUCUCUGGAUUGUCACUCAGGACUGGAGCAGUCAGAAGCGGGGAGUAAUGAUAGCGCCCUUGAAGCUCGGCGUAUGGAGGUGGUCUCAUCCCUACCUGGGAUAAUAUUGGGGUCCAAGCCAAGAGAACCCCAUGAUUCCUGCACAGUUCAAGAGCGAUACCUGAACUUGGCCUUCACGGUGGGGACGUUCUUCGCCUGGGGGGCCUUCCUGCCCCUGCAGCUGCUUUUAGGAUAUGCCCACAUCAGAUCACUGCGCCAGAUUGGAGGAGCCCUGGUGUCCAUCUCCUACCUGAUGCUGAUGUACUGCUUUACUAACCCACAAAAUCUGUCCCUGUUUUUGCCCUUUGCGUUGAUCGCUCAGGGUCUCGGGGGAAGCUGUGUCCUCUUCUCUUCUCUCCUGCUCCCGCAGAUCCUGCAGAACGUUGGAUCUCUCUUCCCCUCUCUGGUCAUUGCGAGUUUCUCCGCCUCAGCGACCAUCUUCACCAUCAUCAAGGUCAUUUAUUAUUCGGGGGCCCCUAUUGUCCCCAUAAUUUUAGGAUACGGGGCCAUGUCCUGUGUGGUGUUGGUGAACAGCACCCUCUGCUGGAGCCUGAACCCUGCUGGGAAGGAGGAGGACAAUAUAUACAGUGUCAGUCUGCGGCUGAACUGCUACGAGGCCAUGAAGAAGAAGAAGAAACCACAGGAGGAAAACUGGUGCCAGAAAUCUCUGAAACUCAAGUUCCAGGAAUCUCUGAGGGACCGAGAAAGAAUUCUGAGCCAGAGAAGGACGCUGAGCUUUAAGAGGCCAAAUGUUCUGGCCCCGUCACCUGUGAUGGACAGUCUGACCAGCCCCACGUUCAUCCUUCACCUGCUGUCAGACUCCACGCUGCUCACCUGGGUCUACUUCUAUGUCUCCUCCAUCAACGCACAUCUUCAGAUCCAGGCAGAGGAUCAGGAGGGUCAGUCAGAUAUCUACUCCUCGGUGUUCGGGGCUUUGCAGAUGCUCGGCCUAUUUGCUGCGCCGCUGAUCUCUAUCUUACUCUACAACCAUCGGAUCCGAAAAAGACCCAUAAUGAGGAUCCAGACCACGACAAGGAAUUCCCACAAAAGCGCAUGCGGCAUCAAGAGACUGUCGGCCGUGUACGCCCUCAGGGGUCUCGUCAUCGUCGGAUUUGGGAUAAGUUGUCUUAUACCUUCCCUGCAGGUCCAGGUUGUUGGCUUUAUCCUCCAUGUGGUUAUGAGAACGUCCAUGUUUUUGGUCAGCUCCACCCUUUAUCUCUGCGUGUUCCCCGGCCACCAUUAUGGAGCUCUGCUGGGAAUCGGCACCUUCAUCUCCUCAAUCCUGUCCCUUCUCCAACACCCGCUCUUCAUGCUGUUCACCGGGCCCCUGCAGAGGAACCCAUUCUGGAUACACGUCAUGUUUCUGGCUCUUUCUCUGGGAUCCUUCGCUCUACCCCUUCACCUCAUCAUCAAAAAUAAGGGUCGGCCCCAUCACCCGCUCUCUCGCCCCAUUCACCUCCACCCCGUGACCCCUCCGAGUAAGACCUGA